AUUGUAUUAAAAUAUAGCUUACAUGUUUAUUGAUGACAUGAAUGUGUCUUUCUUUAUGACUCCAUUCAAGCAUCUUCCUUCCUUGUUCGUUUUGAAAUGUAUUUAUUUUUUAUCUACAUUCUGCUUUUCUUCCCGCCUUUCUACCCUUUGUUUUUCUGAACCCACUGUGCGCUGCAUGGCUGAUUGAUGGUAAUUACACAGUUAUAGAUAGGGUAUAUGUGAGCCAGUCCACGCUGCUCUCUGACCCGUAAGACGAGUAAGACACCGGGGCAUUGCAGGAAUCCUGCCUGAAGGAAGUGACGAGCUCAACUGGGUUGGGUUUUGUGAAGUUUUGUACCUCCCACCUUUGUUCCCCAAAUGAAGUUGCGUGAUUACUGAUUGUGCUCAGUAGCAGCAACAGCAGCUCACCUUCACUCAUCUGCGGUGCUCCUGAACCAGCUCUGCGACAAUGGGGAAGAUUGAGUGGGCGAUGUGGGCCAAUGAACAAGCCCUGGCGUCUGGACUCAUUUAUCUGACCGGUGGCAUCGUAGGGGUGGCUGGACAGCUAAAAGGCUGGGAAUUCGCCGCUUUUGGGAUAGCUGCAGGUGUGUUUGUGUGUUUGCUUGAGUACCCAAGGAGCAAGAGAGCCAAAGGCACCAGUGUUGAGAGAACCGGUCAGUACUGCUUCACUGUAUGUGUAAAGGCAUUUGGGCCCCUGACUAGGAAUUACUAUGUUCGAGCAUUCCUGCAUGCGGCGCUGUGUGUCCCAGGAGGUUUUAUGCUUGCCACAGUUUUAGGCUGUGUUUGUCUUGGAAUGGCCAGCCUCAUCUACCUCUCAGCAGCCAUUCAUGGGGAGCACUGGGAGCCAAUUAUGCCCAAGAUGGAGCCCCUAAAACAUGCCGCACAGAGCAUCAAGCAUCCUCCUCAGAACCCCCCACCACGUCCACCCCCAGAACUGCGCAGAAAGAGAACAGAUGACCUUGAGUCUGCAGCCUAUGUUAACCCCAUACCUGUGACUGCCAACGAAUCCUGAUCUGCUGAUCAUAAGGACUAAUGCUGACCACUACCGUACGAAGGCGAUCAUAGCAUAUACAAAUAGUUAUGGGAUUGCUGUUUACUCUGUUAAAGGAAUACUUCAGUGUUUUGUGGCAUUGUCUGUAUGUGCUGCAUCUGUGUUGUAUGGUUGAUUUCCACAGAAAAUGGUUUUGAGAUGUUUUCUUGUACCUAGAGAAGAAAACGUUACCUCAGCACCUGAGAUUUGGCUUCUAUUAUGAGGAUUCAGUGAUUCCCUAUACUUAGUAAGUACAGCAGUCUUCCUGUUCUUUUACUAAGUACAAGGAAACACAUCUAUGAAAAUCAACUAUAUGAUAUGCGUGUGGAAGAUUGAGAUGAGUUUGAAUAACGCUGCAGAGAUUCUUUAAAGUGACUGGGAACGGGAUGGAAAAGUUUGCUCUGAAUUGUAACACUUUCAUGUUACUGUAUAUAUUGUAAUGAUGUUUGUGAAAUGUUCUGUUAUAGUAGUUGGUCACACACUGUUCUUCUGAGGAUUCUUCUUUUUUCUUUGCACUCAGUAGGACAUGCAUGUUAUUUACCAAGUAUGACUGUCCAGCCAUGAAUCUGUGAAUCACUGGUUUAGACUGAGGAAAUGAGGGUAGAAACCAAUUUUAUAGAUUUUUGAUUGUGAAUUUCUCAUCCAUGUGUUAUAUAUUUGUAUUUACUGUGUCAGUUUGUAUGAACAAAAGCAUUUUAAGUGCAUUUAACGCUGAUUGUGUGCAGUAUCUACCCAGUUACAGAGAACAAACUAUAUAUGCAGAAUAUAGGACACCAGAUGUUGAGACUAUGCAUGAAUCUGGCAAUACAGUUUCAAUUUGUUUCUAACAGUGUCAGUGGAUGAACCUAUUGUAAACAGUUACUGUUAUCUUUGUUAAUGAUGAUUUACCUCAUGGUGUGUAUGUUCAUGCUUUUAUACUAUACUAAUAAACUCAGGAAAUUAUA